UAGAUUUAUGAACAAAUGUCAAAGAGAUUAUAAUUUUGUGUCAUAUUUACGGAUGCCUUAGAAGAAACGAUUUAUUUGUUCACCACUACCAACACGCGUGUCUUAAAGGCAGUUAGAGACACAACAAGAGUGAGGCUUUGUGAUGAUGGGUUUGUGUAAGAAGACUGCAUUUCUGCGGCUGCUGCCCACUUCCGGUUGGCAUUUAGUAUGGACAUGGGAUACCGACAAUGGGACUACGAUCAAAAUGACAAGUAGUGCAUCAUCAAGAUUCGAUUGUUUUGUUGAAGUUGUUAAUCUUGCAGUAGUUAUUCUUGCCUUAAUAGCUGCUCUAUGUAUCAUCGUGAAGUAUAAAUUCACUGACCAAAGAAUGUGUACGACAAAUUUACUUCCCUGCCACAAUCUCCGCAGUGUUCUCUGCAUUCUUCUUCUUCUCGUGCUACUUCUAGAGUUUUCAGAGGCUUUAAUAGAUCAAGCGCCUGUUUCACAAUCAAUUUCCUUGCUCGCUGUUAUUUUUUGUUGGAUUUUACAUCGUGAAACUGAAAUGAGAGAUGGCCUAGGGUUAGCAGUGUCUGGUGGUGCUUUUAUAACUAUCGCAGUAGCAAGACUGUGGCGAUUAUUCCACUUGAUCAGAUUCGACUUGACUAUCAGGCACGUGCGGAUGAUUAGCACGAUUGGAACAAGUCUCUUAUGUGGAUUACUUGCUCUCGUUGACUCUUAUGCUCUUUAUCGUCUUAUGGAGAGGAGCAAGCGUUACGACGUUCAAGCAUCCGGAAAUACUCGUGUGUCUUACAGACACGCUUGCUCGGUCUUACUAAGCAAACUGACAUUUCAUUGGGUUGUUGAUCUGCUUUGUCGCGGCUACCGCGCACCACUUGACUUUAAUGACCUCGGAGAAUUACCUGAAGAAGAGUCAACCAUCAUUCAAUUUGAAAAAUUUAAAAAAAUUUAUGAAGAACAAAGAUACGCACAUUUAGAUGACAAACCAUCACUUUGGUCCUGCUACUGGAAACAAGUAUGGCCUGCUUUCCUUGUUGGUGGAAUUCUCAAGUUCUUUGGUGAUGCUACAACACUUAUUGGACCGUUAGCCAUUUCGAAAAUUGUUAAUUAUGUAGAAGUUAUGCAAAAUUCAACUGAAAGUGGAGAAAAGAAAUUUAAAAAUUAUAUAACCCUUCAAGAGUUAUUGGAAAAUGGUUAUUUUCUUGGUCUUCUCGUAUUUCUAGCUGUUAUAUUACAAAGCACAUUAAGUCAAGCAUCAACACACUUUCUUAAUGUCGAGGGCAUUCGACUAAGAACUGCCUUGCAAGCUUUAAUCUAUCAUAAAUCACUACGUUUAUAUUCCUGGACUAUUAUCGAAGAGGAAGAAACUUCUGGAAAAGAAAAUGAUAAAGAUAAUCACCGGUCUCAUGUAGCAGACAUUGGAACACUCACAAAUUUAAUGGCUGAAGAUGCAUACAAUGUCAUGAGCUUCUUCUGGAUUGGUCAUUACACUUGGGCAAUUCCUCUCAAGAUCAUAGCAAUAAUUUUUCUACUGUAUAUGAAGCUGGGAAUUAGUGCGAUAAUUGGUGCAGUUUGUUGCAUAUUAAUUGUAACACCAUUGCAAUUAUUUCUUGGGAAAAAGAUGUCAGAUAAUUUAAAAUCAAUAGCGGAGCGAAGUGACGCGAGACUGAAGCUCUUAAAUGAAAUUCUUCAAGGCAUGAGACUAGUCAAGCUGCGAGCGUGGGAAGUGGUCUUCGAAAAAAAAAUCCAAAGAACUCGUGAAGAAGAACUCAGUCUGCUUAAUAAGGACUCGAUCUACUGGGGACUUAUAACAUUUCUGACCCACGCCUCCUCUGUUUUAAUGACUCUCUUCACCUUCGGUGUCUACUUUUGGGUAGAGCAAACUCAUUUGGAUGCUGGAAACGUUUUUGCGAGUCUUGCCCUCUUCUCUCAACUUACAGUUCCCCUUUUUAUUUUUCCUGUCAUCAUUCCAAUCAUCUUGAAUGCUAGAAUUUCUACUAAAAGACUGGAAGACUUCUUAUCACUGCCAGAAGUAAUCAAUGUACUUCCAGAUCCAAGAGUAAAUCGACGAAUUGAUGAGAAUGAUGAGCAUCGAACGUCAGAGAUUUCUAUCUGUGAAAGCCAUAUUGAGGAAAGAACUUCGGUAAAAAUCCCCACCUUCGGAACUCUAGGAAAUAUCAAUGAAGAUGAUGAAGAUCUUCGAGGUCUACAUAUUCUAGGAACAUACGAUACAAGUUCCUCAUCAGAUACAGUCUUUGAAAAAGACCCAGAACCAUCAAUGAAACCAGCGCUCCUCCAUAUCACUGGAGUUUUCUCCUUGGGCUCUGACGACGCUCACUUAAUAAUCGACGAUCUUAUUAUUCCUCGUGGGAAGUUGACUCUGAUAGUCGGGAAGACUGGGAGUGGAAAGACCUCCCUGAUAUCAGCAAUGUUGAGCGAAGUGCUGAAACUACAAGGAAAAAUCGAAUGGGCCAAGGAUAGCCAAGUAGCAUAUGUAUCACAAAAGCCUUGGCUUCUCAAUACGACUUUGCGUGAAAAUAUAAUCUUCGGUUCUACUUACAAUCGCAUUAGAUACCGAUGUGUUUUAAAAGCAUGUGCACUUCAACCAGAUAUUGAUAUUCUUCCUGGGAAAGACAUGACGCGAAUUGGAGAAAAAGGGAUAAAUUUAAGUGGAGGUCAGAAGCAAAGAAUUGCAAUAGCAAGAGCUGUUUAUAGUGAUGCUGACACUGUAAUCCUUGAUGAUCCUCUUUCGGCUUUAGACCAAGCAGUAGGUCAACAAAUAUUCGAUCAAGCGAUCCAAAAACUGUUAUUACGACGAGGACGAACAGUUGUGAUGGUAACACAUAGAUUAGAAUUAUUGCGAGCAGCUCACCAGGUGAUUGUAACUGAAGACUGUAGAAUUCGAGCCGUUGGAACGUUGACGAGCAUCGAACUAACUGAUCCAGCGUUGAUAGAAGAAUGGAAGGAAACAGCAAGACGACGUUUAGACAUUGCAGGAGGUCCAAGAACUGCUAAAGAACGUUGGUCCUUGGUAAGACUUGUUUCCCGUAUCGCUGGCAUCUCCAUGAAGCACAGACAUGCCAGUGACGGCUCCUGGAUCACAGAUGCGGACGCCCACGUGUCUCCACCAACGUUCGUACCCCUUCGGCUACGAAAAUCAAUGAUGUCUGGGUCUAGAUAUCUCGCACAUGACCUUACAGACCUCCCAGUUGCUGUUGAUGAGUGGGGAGUUGUCAGGAAAAGACACAAGAAGCAUCGAGUUGCUGCAAGAGCAACCAGUCUUCAACCUCCAAAACAUCCACCUCCUGUUCUCCGUCAAAGUUCUACCCCAACGAUUCUAGAAACUCACUACAUCGCCCCUAGAAAGAGACAUCAUACUUUGGAUAGUGGACAGAAUACUAAUGUCUUGAAGCAAUUUUUUUCUAGUAAAAUUAUUAAUCUAGCCUCGGAUGAAACGGCAAAUAAGGAAAGGAAGGUCUUGAAGAGGUUGAUGUCUUCUUCUUCAAAUAAAACAAGUCCUCAAGAGUGGGAACAUCAUCCAAUAAAGAGACUUCUAUCCACAGAGUCGGGCAUUACUGAAGAUUUUGAUGAAGAUAAGUGCACUGAGUGUCAAGAUUCACAAGUAUCAGAUCCUGAUGAAGAUGCAAGCGGAUUAGUGACUGCUGCAGUCUGGAUGGAUUAUCUUAAAGCAGGAGGCUUUACUCCAGGUCUUAUUUAUCUUGUAGCAGCUCUUGGAUGCCAAGCUUUACGAGUAUUUACCGAUUUAUGGCUUAGUCAGUGGACCAAUCUCGGAAGUCAUCAAUUAAAUAAUCAAGAAAAAACUGUUUUUUAUUUUAGAAUAUAUAUUAUUCUUUCUAUCUUCUCUAUAUUUUUAGCAGCCUUAAAUAGUGCUGCAGGACAAUGGGCUGGUACUAGUGCGCGUAAAAAUAUUCAUCAGGGAGCUAUUGCAUCAAUCCUUCGAGCUCCUUUAAUUUUUUUUGAGCAAACACCCGUGGGUAGGGUUCUGAAUCGGUUCAGUGCUGAUAUGGGCGUUAUUGAUAAAAAACUGUCUACAUCGUUCCAACGAUUAACAUCGUUUAUUCUUCUUUGUGGCUCUGCUAUCAUUGUGAACGUCAUCAUAUCUCCUUGGUUUUUAACAGCUGCAAUACCAACUUGUUUGGCGUAUUUUUUUCUACAAAGGUUUUACAGAAUCAGCGCUCGAGAGCUUCAAAGAAUUGAAGGAAGCACUCGAGGACCAGUUGCUGCUCAUUUCUCAGAAACUUUAACUGGAUUACCAGUUAUAAGAGCUUCAAAACAGCAAGAAAGGUUCAUGGACGAUAUGAUUGAAUAUUUAAAUGCUAAUACAAACGCUUUUCUUAUUUUAAAUACCAGCAGCCGAUGGUUAGGAAUAGCUUUGGAUUAUCUGGGUGCUGUGGUAGUUUUUGCGUCAAUAUUUGCAGCUUUGCUUUCAGCAGAGCUGUAUCCAGAAAGAGUAACACCAGCGUUAGUUGGAUUAGCGGUGAAUUAUACAUUUCUUGUUCCUAUUUAUCUUAACUGGGUCGUUAAAUUUGUCUCAGAAAUUGAAAUGUAUAUGGGAAGUGUUGCGAGGCUUACAUCUUAUGCUGAAAUGCCUCGGGAGAAUUAUCGUGAGAAUGGAUAUGUAGCAGAAGAAACUUGGCCAGAAAAAGGAGAAAUAAUAUUUGAGAAUGUAUCCCUACGCUACCAUCCAGACUGUGAACCCGUAGUUAAAGAUUUAAAUCUACGCAUUCCCGCUGGGCAAAAGCUGGGAAUUUGUGGUAGAACUGCUAGCGGAAAGUCAUCAACAGUUAUGGCUCUCUUUCAGUUAUUAGAAGUAUCUCAAGGACGAAUUUUAAUUGAUGGAAUAGAUUUGAAAAGAGUGUCACUGUUAAGUUUACGUUCAAGGCUCUCAGCUAUUCCUCAAGAUGUCAUCAUGUUCAGUGGUACAAUUCGAGAAAAUCUUGAUCCUUUAGCUGAGCAUACUGAUGAUGAACUUUGGACUGCACUAAAGCUUACACAAAUGAAAGAUGUGAUUUCUUCACACCCGGAAGGUCUUGAUCUGGAGGUGCGAGAAGGUGGGGAAAACUUCUCUGCAGGCCAGCUGCAAUUGUUAAGCAUGGCACGAGCAACACUUCGAGAUUCAGCAGUUGUAAUUCUUGAUGAAGCCACUAGUGCCUUGGAUUCUUCAACAGAAAAGUAUUUAUUGAAAGAAGUAUCAUCAACUUUUAAAGACAAAACAGUAAUUACAAUUGCGCACCGAGUAGCAUCUUUACUUUAUUGCGAUAAAGUCAUCGUUUUCAGCGAAGGGAAGAUUAUAGAAGAAGGAUCACCUCAUGAAUUAUCUCAACGUCCUUUAGGAUUUUUUGCUGAAAUGUUGAAAACAUUCGAUUACUCAAUGUCAAGACUCAGUUCCAGCGAUGCAUCGGUGUCGGAAGAUAGGAUGAGAUUUUCGUGCUUCCCUAGAGCAAGUAUCCUGGGACAAAGGGGAAGUAUCAACUUUUCUCCAGUUCCAGGAUAUGAAGAAACAUCGAGCGUCACUGGAAUUAGCAUUAUAAGUAAUGGAGACGGCAGGGAGCCAAUUCCGAUGAGCUAUAAGCGCGCUGGCGAUCUUGAUGACAAUGGAAUGAUAAGACAAUUUUCAAGUUCAGCUACUUUAAAUGGCUCGGGACCACUAAAUGUUUAUACUCCAACAUCAAAGAAAAAUGGACGAAAACCUGAACAAGGAUUAAUGAGAUCAGAUACCAUUGAGUCAGAUAUAUCUCAACAAGGUUUAAAGAUUCCUAGAGGGGGAGUUAUAGGGCGAACUCCAACUCCACCUUCUGCUCCAACACCAAUCUAUGAAAAGGAUGCUAGAUCAAGAAAACAAAUAAAACGAGCUAUACUUGAAAAUGAAUUUUUGGGAAAUCUUGAAGAAGCUCAAGUUGAAGCUCUAGUAUCUGCAAUGUAUCCAAAAGCGAUACCUCCAAAUACUCUGGUCAUUCAUGAAGGAGAUAUAGGCUCUCAUUUUUACGUUUCGGCGGAAGGAGAAUUUGACAUUUAUGAGGGCAGUAAAUUCCAACGGAGUUUUGGACCGGGAGUUGCUUUUGGAGAACUUGCGCUUUUAUAUAACACAAAGAGGCUGAGAUCAAUUAGUGUAAAAAAAGGAGGAAAAGUAUGGGUCCUAGACAGAUCAGUUUUUCUGACAGUAAUGAUGAGAAGUGCGCAGGAUCGUCUGGAAGGAAAUUUACGAUUCUUACGGAAAGUUUCAGUGUUACAAAAAUUACCAGAACCCAAAGAGCAUGUUCUAGCAAAAAUAUCUGAUCUGAUUCGAGUAGAAUUUUUCCCUGCAGGGGCUAAAAUUCUACGGCAGGGAGAAAAAGGUGAUAAAUUCUUCAUUAUAAGUGGAGGGAAUGUACGGAUAACUAAAGAUACUGAGUACGGAGGAGAAGAAGAGUUAGUAGUACUUGGAAAAGGCCAGUAUUUUGGAGAGAAAGCUCUUUAUGAUAAGGAAGAUAAUCGAAGACAAGCUAAUGCUAUUGCUCUAGCACCUGGAGUAGAGUGUCUGACUCUCGAUGGAACAUCAUUCCUUAAUUAUCUUGGAGGCUUAGAUGAGAUUCGAAAUAAAGACUGGUUAGCCGAGUAUGAAAAACAGAAAAGAUCAUUGACACCAAAGCUAUGGACAAAUGAAUACUCUGAUGUGACUUUGUAUGAUUUGGAAAGCAGAGGAACACUUGGAGUUGGAGGAUUUGGUAGGGUUGAAUUAGUUACACUAAGAGCAGAUCCUGAUAAAAGUUUUGCAUUGAAAAAACUUAAGAAAAAGACUAUGGUUGAUCAGCAACAACAAGAACAUGUCUUGAAUGAAAAAUGUAUCAUGCAAGCCUGUGAUUCACCUUUCAUUUGCAAACUUUACCAAACCUAUAAAGACUCGAAAUAUGUCUAUUUCUUAAUGGAAGUAUGUCUUGGUGGAGAUGUUUGGACGACUCUUCAAAAAAGAAGAUAUUUUGAUGAUACAACAGCUCAAUUCAUGGUGGGCUGUGUAGUUGAAGCACUCGAUCAUCUUCAUUCGCUUAAUAUUGUUUACCGAGAUCUCAAGCCUGAAAAUCUUAUGUUGGAUUCUAGAGGAUACUUGAAACUCGUUGAUUUUGGCUUUAGUAAGAAAAUAGGUCCAGAUAAGACGUGGACAUUUGCCGGAACUCCUGAGUAUGUUGCUCCAGAGAUUAUUCUUAAUAAAGGUCACGAUAGAGCGGUAGAUUAUUGGGCCUUGGGAAUCCUGACACAUGAGUUGCUAGUUGGUAAACCCCCAUUCAGAGGCUCAGAUCACAUGACUACUUAUAACAAGAUCUUGAAAGGUAUUGAGAUGGUUGGAAUCCCAGCGAUAGUGAAUAAAAAUGCGAAUCACUUGAUAAAAAAGCUAUUGAGAUUGAGUCCUUCAGAACGACUUGGUUAUCAAAGAAAUGGAAUUCAAGAUAUCCGGGAUCACAAAUGGUUUACGAAUUUCAAUUGGCAAGCGCUGCAAAGACUUGCACUUCCUGCACCUAUCGUACCUACUGUAAGAAAUCAAACAGAUACUAGAAAUUUUGAAAGAUAUCCACCUGAACGAGAAGUGCCACCUGAUGAAUUUUCUGGAUGGGAUAUGGAUUUUUAAUUUAAGUAAUUAAUGAAAAUAAAAAUCUGUCAUAAACUGAUAUUAAUUACAUACAAUUGACUGACAUGUGUACUAAGAUAUCACUAAUUAUAAACGAAAAAAAACACCAUAAUAUAUAAUACAUAAAAAAGAAUUUUGUAGAUGAAGAAGAGGAUUUUCAAUUAAAUUAUAACAACUUGUCCUUCGAUUUGAUGGAAAAAUCAUUUUAUAUUACAGAUAAUCUCAACGUAACAUUUUAUAGAUAAGAAUAAUGUUCCCCACAAUGUCAUUUUAUAACAAACGGAUAAGAUAUUUUUUCAUUUUUUAAAUCUCUUCAAGUGUUCUAAUAGCUAAAGUUUGAUUAACGUUCAAAUUUUCUAUUUUAUUGGCUAUUGACUACUAUCUAAAAUAAAUCAAUCCAGACUCUCGUGUCAUAAAGUCAUAAAAAAAAGAUGCUGUUACCAACAAACCAAUGUAAAAAUGUUAUAUUUUAUUUAUGCUAUUUUAUAAUUAAAACUUAAUUAAUUUCCCGAA